UGUAGCUUUGGCAUUGCUUGCGGAUGCUGGUCACACUUGGCUGCAGUCGUUUUUGUGUUUUGGCUGGUUUCUUCAUGGCUGAAACAUGCAGAAUUCCAAGGCCAAAAUGGACGAAUUCAAGAGCAAAUUCUUGGACAUAUUGCACAAACAGACAAACCGUCAAAUGAAAAUUCCUGCCAUGGGAUUUUCGGAUUAUUUCAUCCAAACGGUGACCACGGACGCCUCUGCCAGUCAAGAAACUGAUGCCACAGACGCGGCGGCCACUUCUUCCAGCGAGACAAAUGCACAAAAGUCGGACCAGGAGAUCCUGGAGAGCAUUGAACAGUGCUAUUACAACCCCGACAGCAAUCCACAGCUGUACGAGCUCAAGAAAGUUCUCAACGAUGGCAUAGACAACGAGCUUAUCGAGGUCACCAUUGCACAAUUGCGUACACAGCAGAAGGUUCUCACCAAACAGGUGCUGCAGAACAUCUUGGAGCAGCGGAAUGCAUGCAGCAGUGAGUUCGCGGCCAUCAAUGACACCCAAAAGAAGCUGGAGGAGUCGCUGUGGACCUGCCAGAAGGCGCGAUCCUAUUUAAACUUUGCUCGCACAAACCUAACAACCACUAGCCUGGAGAUCUUAGCCAGCUACCGCAAGCGAGAGGUGCUCAAGGAGGUGUUGGACACACUGGUGGCCAUCAAGAAACUGCGCACUACCGACGUGGAGGUACAGAAGCUGCUAGCGGAUCACAACUACAGCGCUGCCAUAGCUCUGCUCCUGCAGUGCAAGAGCUCCGCCGAAGCAUACAUGCAGUUUAACUGUGUGCAAUCGCUCUCUAAAAAGCUGCAGGAGACUAUGCUGCUUAUGGAGUUUCAGCUGGACACUGUGCUUAAUGAAAUGGUGCUAGGUUUUGAUGGGCGAAAAUACGCCAAGCUGCAGGAGGCCUACAAAUUGGCAAACAAGUCACUGAUGGCCAUGGACCAGCUGCACAUCAACUAUAUUUCGGCUAUUCACUCUUCUGUGAAUGCCGUGCUUCGCGGUUAUAGUGAUCCUGGCCAGGAUGAUCAAGCCAAACCACUCUAUGAGCAGCUGUGCGAACAGCUCAGCGUGGAUAAGCUGCUGCCCUGUCUAAUCAGUUUGUGCAAAACCUUCUGGACCAUCCUGGCCUCCUAUUACCAGGUUGUUAUGUGGCACACUAACUACAAGUUGUAUGCACAGGAGGAGGAGGAUUCACCAGAUAUUUACAUCCAGCAGAAACUUAAGAAAGGACAGUCACGCGUGUGGAAUGACAUUCUGACCAAAGUGUGCUUGUUCCUGCAAUCGGCAAAGUUGACGACUCUUAAAUACGAUCAGUUUAUCCAGGUGCUGUCUGUGGUACAGCGCCUAAAAAAGGUGGGUCUAGAGUUUUGCGGCGAGCAGUCGGAGAAGUUGAUCGAGACGAUGCAGCAGCAGAGUGAGGAGUUCUUCAGACGUUACCAUAUCUGCUGCAUCGAGGAGAUCUGUUUAUUUUUGGAUAACGAGUCUUGGACGCAAGUUGACUCAUUUGCGCAUAUCCUGCAAUUGCCUGAAUUCCGAUCGGUUCGGCACACUCUCAGACGCCAUAAGUCUCCUACAACUGCUUUGCUGGUUUCAUCCAACAACUCCCCAAUCAGCAAUAAUAACUGCGAUGAGCUGGUUUCAGUGCACUCCCAGGAUGGUGGAAGCUCCAUUUACGGUUCCUACGGAUAUUUUCUUAGAUUCUCCGAAAAAAGUUCGCCUUUUGAUGGCGGCUUGGACGCAGCAAUGUUGGAGGAGGACAUCUUAUCCGGCAUUGUGGACGAGGCCUCCUGUUAUUUCAGCGAGGAGAGCGAUGACGAGCAGAAAAGUUUGCAGAGCAAGGAGUUCGAUGACGCCAGCCAUCAGCUGCUGGUUAACAAUACCGCGCUAAAUGUGAUGCGCGUCAUUGGAAGAUAUCUGCAGAUGUGCAAAUUAUUGCAUUGCAUCUCUCCCAAGAUUGUGGCUUGCAUCUUGGAGCUCAUUGACUUUUAUGUUUACGCAGUGCACGAGAUCUUCGGUAAAGAUGCGCCGGUAGCAACGGAUAAUAUGUACACUCAACGACUUGAGCAACGCUUACGCUCGGUGGAGGUUAACGUCCUACCCCAGAUCAAGCUUUGGCCCCUUAAUUUUUCUUCUCUGGCAAAUAAUGAGCUAGCUAAUCCGGAUACUUUAUACGGACUGGCACAACGCAUAGUGGCCGUGGAAGCAGGACGCAGCAUGCUCCAGCAAUUCAACAUACUUCAGCACUAUCUAAACCAUUUGCUGCCCCUUGCAGAGCGUCCAAUUUUGGCCAAUUACCUGGACUACAGCGAUUAUAUUGCGGAUUUGGCGAAACCCGUUUACACAUGCGUCACGUCGCAUGUCAUCGAUUUGUCAUCCAUUCUGACUCAGAUGACCAAGGUCAAAUGGGAUGUUAAUCAUGUGAUACACCAACACAGCAACUACAGUGAUGUUCUAAAUAGGAACAUACAAAGCUUUGCCAUGUGUCUGGAGGAAAUCGCCAAGGAGGUUCCAGUACCCAGCAAGCAAGUGUGGAAUUCAAUGGCCCAUGUGGCCACACAUCUGCUGGUGGAGGGGUUCUCCAAUGUCAAGAAAUGCUCUGCCGGAGGACGAGCUCUUAUGCAACUAGACUUUGCGAACUUCAUGUCGUUUCUAGAGCUCAUAUCAAACCAAAAGUACCCACAGCAUCGCUCCUAUGUAGAUGUGUUCAUCAAGACCUACUACUUUGCGCCCGAACAGUUCGAGCAAUGGAUUGAACAGCAGCGUAUGGGCGAUGAAUACUCUAUCAAACAAUUGAACAACCUUAUUCAGUGCAUUUGUGUCAGCGAUAAACGCACUCGACAAAGGUUGAUGCAGUUGCUUGACGUUGGGAUAUCAAAUGGAAUAACCAUGACAACGACGCCGACAAAAACACCACAGAAGAACAGCCCCGGAUCUGUAGCCGGGUCAAAUUUAAGCAGCGUUAUCUGAGCUCCCCUGAACGAUUAUUUUAAUUUAUUUGUUUUGUUAUAACCCCCGACUAACUUUGUUAGUAGAUCAAUCUCAUGACAUUCUUUAUGUGCUAUUAACAUUCCGUUUAGUUCAAAUUAACAUUGUGUUUAGGCUAAUGAUUCUACCUUAGGUUUACAGGCGAUCUCCAUGAAGUACUUCGUUUCAAAUUUAGAAUCUCCCAACCCUCUAAGUGCAAUCUAUCCUAUAAUCUUUCUAAUUUAUAAUUGGAAAUUGGUUUAUCAUUCACCAUGACUUAAGUACCUAGAGAAAGCAGACAUAUAUACACACAAAACACGUAUAAUUAAGAUGCAUAUAUACCUAUUUAUUUGUAAUGUUUAUUUGCAGCAGGAAAACGGACAAAUAAUUGUAAAACAACUUAAAUGUAAGGGGCAGCAAGCACAUCGAUUUGAUUUGCUCGCCUCCCACGAACACACACCAUUAACUAUUUAGCAAGUGUAACAAAAUAACAAAGAAUACAUAUUUUGAGAUAUGCAUAUUACAAACAAA